AGUUCUUACUGUCUUUUCAGAUUACAUCAAAUAUGACCACGUGCAUUUUAGAAGCCUGAAGGAAGGGCAUGAUGUCAGAAUAACACACACAUUUGAGAGGGCAAGUCCAGAAAACCAUGCAGUCAUCGGGGCACAGAUUCCGUGACGUUGAGCACCAUCCUCUCCUUGCUGAAAAUGACAGCUAUGAUUCUUCUUCAUCAGAAGCCGAUAUGGCAGACCGAGUUUGGUUCAUCCGUGAUGGCUGCGGCAUGGUCUGUGCUGUUAUGACGUGGCUUCUAGUUGUCUAUGCAGACUUCGUAGUGACUUUUGUCAUGUUGCUGCCUUCCAAAGACUUUUGGUACUCUGUGAUCAAUGGUGUUCUUUUUAACUGUUUGGCAGUGCUAGCUCUGUCAUCUCAUCUGAGAACUAUGCUAACUGAUCCUGGGGCUGUACCCAAAGGAAAUGCCACUAAAGAAUACAUGGAGAGUUUGCAACUGAAACCAGGGGAAGUGAUCUACAAAUGUCCAAAGUGCUGUAGUAUCAAACCAGAACGUGCACAUCAUUGCAGUAUUUGCAAGCGAUGUAUUCGAAAGAUGGAUCAUCACUGCCCCUGGGUGAAUAAUUGUGUAGGAGAGAAAAAUCAGAGAUUUUUCGUGCUGUUUACGAUGUAUAUAGCCCUAAUAUCAGCUCAUGCACUCAUUCUGUGUGGGUUUCAGUUUUUCUCUUGUGUCCGAGGACAGUGGACUGAAUGCAGCGACUUCUCCCCGCCUGUAACUGUGAUCCUGAUGGUCUUUUUGUGCCUUGAGGGUUUUCUGUUUCUCACGUUCACUGCUGUUAUGUUUGGCACCCAAAUCCACUCAAUAUGCAAUGAUGAAACGGAGAUUGAGAGGCUGAAAAGUGAAAAGCCAACAUGGGAGAGGAGACUACGUUGGGAAGGGAUGAAAUCCGUCUUUGGGGGCCAACCUUCAGUCCUGUGGAUCAAUCCAUUUGCAGGAUUUCGAAUCAGGCAACUUUUGCUGAGAGCAAAGAAAGGGGGACCUGAGUUUUCCGUGUGAGCCUAAUUAUACUUGAACUUGCAAGAAUACUAUAUAAAUAUUUAUUUGGGGCCAGAAAUGGCAGUCUCUAUAUAAUCUGUGACCAACUGAAACAAACAAGACAUUUGCUUGUAGCAAGCAGAGUUUAAUUGUCACAGACAUCUCAUUAACUUUCGGAAACAUCAAACUGGAUGCUGUAACAAAAGACAGGUGUGUAGCCACACUAAAGAAGCCAAAAUGUUGUCAUACUACUGUAACUUAUUGUUUAAUGGGAUUAAUUUUGCAUUUUUGUUGAACCAUUUAUUUGAUAAAUGUUUUGGGAAUUACUUGUGUGUUUUAUAAAAUUAGGAGCAGAGGUGCAGUUGUCAAUCAUGAGAUCAAAUAGCUAUGUUGGAAGCCAAUUUUAAAUGGCACCAAGCCAUUAGUAAAUCCAUUAGUUUUCAGGGAAUAAUGACUUAUUCAGUCCUUUAAUUUUAUUAAUAUUUUCAUUUGUCAUGAUAGUCAAAAUUAUACUGUUACGUCCCAAAUCAGACAUUCAACCCUUCCCUACUAAUAAUUAGACACUUGUGCAUGUGGUCCCAUAAACAUGUCAGAUGCACUCCUCCAGCCCUGCCAAAUGUCUUCCGUGAUUCAUAAUAGCAUGUCUUGUAUUUGGCAGUAUUAAUCUUAAAUGGCAUUUAGGUAAGUUCUAAAUGUGCCGCAAUCAAAUAUUUUUAGCUAUGGGUCAAAUUCUGCCCUGCAAUACUUGUCUUCAAUUCUCAGUGGACUUUAAAGGAACUCAUGUAGGUAUCUGAGGGACCAGUGACUAGAUCCUCUUGUGGGGUUAAAAGGAAUGUACUACAGAUUGGUAUAACUAUGAUCCAAAGAACAAUCAUUCUUGUAAGGUCCUGGGGCCCUUUUCCUCCCCCCCCCCCCUUUUAUAGAUUUACACACAUUCAGAAACUGGUAAACAGUUCACCCGUCACUUCAAUAGGGCCAUCACUGAAAGGCAGGAGACUUCCGUCUGAGUGAGAGAGACUUCCGUCUGAGUUAGGGAAUGUAAUCCCGAGCCUCCUUUGUGCAAGUACAAGAAAUCUGAGUGUAAGAUGGAAACUGUGUAUUCAGCAAUGGGAAAAGUUUGCCAUUUCACCAUUUUCCAACCAAAACUGCUUUAAAACUAAAGGAAUGAGCAGGUAGAAAUGUAAUUGCUUUUUGUGGGCUGACAAAUAACAGUAGUUCUAAGAUGUGUUCAUAGAUCUGCAAUUAAUGAAACACAGUCUGCACAUAAUGAAACUGCUGAAAACCGCUAUCUAAACACUACAGAUAGAAUUUUUGUAUUUAUUGUUACUUUAUUCCCUUUGAAUUAUCCACAGCACAAAGGAUAAAACAGGAGCCUUGACGCAUAGCUUGAAACUGUGCCUGAAAAGUAAACAGCUCCCUGUUCUGGGACUUGCCUUAAACGUGUCCAGUUUUUGUUUUCACUUUGCCAUUAGCAUCAACCUUAUUCCACCUCAAGUAGUGUGAGAUGCUCCAGGGUCUCCCAUUUAGUAAGUUUACACUCAGACUGAAAAUAUUCUUUCUAAUUGUUUCUCCAUUUCUGUGCAUCUUUGUGGAAUGUUAAUUCUUAAUCAUUACAGAUGCUUCAUCACGUUUAUGUCCUAGUAUGUCAGUUUAUUAAGGGAUCCAUUGAUAUACCAUGGUCCAAUGAACACAAAUGUGCAAUACUACAGAAGAUGUAGGCAGUGCUUAGGGAGUAGGUAUGUAAUAUGGAGAAUUGUCAGACGGACACAUCCAAUAAAGCCUCAGACAGAUGAACAAAAAUACAUGUAUCAUGUAAGUGAGGGGUAAGUUGGGAGUUUGACAAGAAUCUUUGAAUAUUCAGUUCAAAAUCCUCCAUAAAUAUUGGAGAAAAAUGUGUCUGGCUUUUUCAUGAGGCUUUUAGUACGUAUAUUGUUUAAUAAAAUAUACUGAUGGAAAUCAGAAAAUAUCAUUUAAAGCAGUUCAAACCUGUGACACUGUGUGUGCGCGUGUGUGUGUGAAAUCAAGUUUACUUGGCUUUUCAAACCCUUGUUACGUUGUAACUUUUUAAUGUAAAAAUAAAGUAAUGAAUAAGUCUUAAAGUUAAUUAACUU